AUCCUGCCUCGAUCCCUUCACUGCAACUGCACACGAGUACAAAUACAGAUUGGUUGGCACAGCAUCUUACGUCUAUGUCUCUGAUUCUGCAGUGAUGUUCCACCAGCGCCAGUUAGCCUCUGCUUAAAGGUAGCAGGUAGGUUGUCUGUGUCAGUCAUAGCAGAUGGAGAUGCGGAUUGGCUUGUUUCCGCCCGCGGGGCUCCAGGCUCCACCUCUCCAUCAGAUUCCUCCCCGUGCUGCGCUUGUUGCAGUGAGCGCGGAGGGUUUGUGCGCUCUCACGUUACGCGUAUGAAGUUGUGGUCAAGAGGAUAUCGAAGACGUACAGCCACUCAGAGAAGUAUGAAAGUCCAGGCUCCCGUCGGUCGUUUCACUCUUUAACCUGGGAAAUACAAUUAAGUCAUCGGAUAGCGGCUGAGAAAAAGCAGGAAAACGAGUUUUGUGGCAUUUAACUGAGGGACCAAGCAUACCCAACAGUAUGCGGUGCAGUUAUGGCAGGCAAGGGUAAGACCGUCGUGAGGACGCUGGAGGAUUUAACGCUUGAUUCUGGUUAUGGUGGAGCUGCGGACUCGGUCAGGUCGUCCAGCGUGUCGCUGUGCUGCUCCGACACGCAUCAGUCCAUCGUGCAUGGGGGCAACUGCUGGCAUCUGACCGAAUCAAUGCACAGCAGACAGAACAGUGUGGACACAGUCAACACCGUCCUGGCGGAGGACACGGAGGUACUGGAGUGCUCGGGUCAGUGCGCCAAGCUGCCCGAGCUGGAGGACGUGCCAUGGAGCCUCGGCGAGGUGGAGGGCGCACUGAGGAAAGACGAGGAGCUGAUGGUGGGCAACCCGCCACCGGAGGUCCUAGCCCGGCUGUCGGCUCUCAUCAGCCGCGCGCUGGUGAGGGUGGCCCGGGAAGCGCAGCGGCUCAGCCUGCGCUACGCCAAGUGCACCAAGUAUGAGAUCCAGAGCGCCAUCAAGGUGGUGCUCUCAUGGACCAUAUCUGUCAACUGCAUCACGGCGGCUCUCAGCGCCCUGUCCCUCUACAACAUGAGCACCGGGGACAAGUUCAGCCGAGGCAAGUCGGCGCGCUGCGGGCUGGUAUUCUCCGUGGGGAAGUUCUUCAGGUGGAUGGUGGAUAGUCGCGUGGCCCUCAGGAUCCACGAGCACGCUGCCAUAUACCUCACCGCCUGCAUGGAGAGUCUGUUCAGAGAGGUGUUCAGCCGCAUCCUGCGCAGCGCGCUGGUGGAGAGGGACAACGGGACCCCCAAGUUUACGCUGGAGUCACUGGAGCAAGCCAUCAACAACGACUCGGAGAUCUGGGGUCUGCUGCAGCCGUACCAGCACCUCAUUUGUGGAAAGAAUUCGAGUGGUGUGCUGAGCCUCCCGGAGAGUUUGAACCUGCACCGGGACCAGCAGCGCUUAGGGAGGGGGGGUGAGGGCCAGGGAUACACCCAGGCCGAGCUCCGCACGCUGGAACAGUCACUGCUCGCAACCCGGGUGGGCAGCAUCGCAGAACUGAGUGAUCUGGUAUCCCGGGCCAUGCACCACCUCCAACCCCUGCACAUCAAGAACCCCAGCAACGGGACUCCCGUCCACCAGAAGACCACCAACAUCACAGUGCACUGGGAGCCUGAGGCCCUCUACACACUGUGUUACUUCAUGCACUGUCCACAGAUGGAGUGGGAGAACCCCAACGUUGAGCCAUCCAAAGUCACUUUACAGACUGAGAGGCCGUUCCUGGUACUGCCUCCGCUGAUGGAGUGGAUCCGGGUGGCUGUCGCUCACACCGAGCAUCGACGAAGCUUCUCUGUGGACAGCGACGACGUGAGGCAGGCCGCCAGGCUGCUGCUCCCUGGUGUGGACUGUGAACCACGACAAAUAAAAGCGGAGGAUUGUUUCUGUGCUACGAGAAAGCUGGAUGCCGCCUCCACAGAGGCCAAGUUCUUGCAGGAUUUGGGCUUCAGGAUGCUCAACUGCGGACGGACGGACCUGGUCAAGCAGGCCGUGAACCUGCUGGGGCCCGAUGGCAUUAACAGCAUGAGUGAACAGGGAAUGACCCCUCUCAUGUACGCCUGUGUACGCGGGGAUGAGGCCAUGGUUCAGAUGCUGCUCGACGCCGGAGCCGACAUCAACAGCGAGGUGCCAAGCACAGUAAACAAGCACCCCUCAGUUUAUCCUGAAACACGCCAGGGGACGCCACUCACUUUCGCCGUGUUACAGGGACACAUCCCUGUCGUGCAGUUGUUGCUGGAUAACAGAGCGAAUGUGGAGGGCGCCCUGCAGGAUGGGGCGGAGAACUACACGGAGACCCCGCUUCAGCUGGCCUCUGCUGCAGGUAACUUUGAGCUGGUGAGUUUGCUUUUGGAAAGAGGGGCAGACCCCAUGAUUGGGACCGUGUGUCGAAACGGCAUCUCCUCUGCCCCGCUGGGAGACAUGAACUCAUACAGCCUCGCAGCAGCACAUGGUCACAGGAAUGUAUUUCGUAAGCUCCUGUCCCAGUCGGAGCAGGAAAAAGGGGACGUGCUGUCCCUGGAGGAGAUCCUGGCUGAGAGUUCGGAUCCCGUGGAGAAGAGGUUGGCGCCGCAGGCCAACGGAGGAGGGACGCUGCGAACAGGAAAGGCCAGACUGAGGGCCCUGAGAGAGGCCAUGUACCAUAGCGCAGAGCACGGCCAUGUGGACAUCUCCAUAGACAUCCGCAGCUUAGGUGUUCCCUGGACACUGCACACUUGGCUCGAGUCCCUGCGUACCUGCUUCAUCCAGCACCGCCGGCCGCUGAUCCAGGGUCUGCUCAAAGACUUCAGCUGCAUCCAGGAGGAGGAGUACACAGAGGAGCUCAUCACACACGGCCUGCCGCUCAUGUUUCAGAUCCUCCGAUCCAGCAAGAACGAGGUGAUAAGCCAGCAGCUGUCAGUCAUUUUCACCCAGUGCUACGGGCCCUUCCCCAUCCCUAAACUGACAGAGAUCAAGAAGAAGCAGACCUCGCGCUUAGACCCCCACUUCCUUAACAACAAGGACAUGUCUGAUGUUACUUUCCUGGUGGAGGGGAAACCGUUUUAUGCACAUAAGGUUUUGCUGUUUACAGCUUCAGCCAGGUUCAAAUCAUUGCUCCAGAACCGGCCGGCAGCAGAGAACACCUGUAUUGAGAUCAGCCAUGUCAAGUACAAUAUUUUCCAUUUGGUCAUGCAGUAUCUGUACUGUGGAGGCACUGAGUCUUUGCACAUACGCAACACGGAAGUCAUGGAGCUCCUGUCUGCGGCCAAAUUCUUCCAACUCGAGGCCCUUCAGAGACACUGUGAGAUCAUCUGCUCCAAGAACAUCACCACGGAAACCUGUGUGGACCUCUACAAACAUGCCAAGUUCCUUGGUGCCUCGGAGCUCACAGCUUUCAUCGAGGGUUAUUUCCUGAAGAACAUGGUGCUGCUGAUUGAACUCGACGGCUUCAAGCUGCUGCUGUACGAGCCUCCUCCUGCAGAGAGCCCCGCGUCCAGCCCCGGCAUCUGCUCCGACAUUCUCCUCGACCUGGAGAAAACUCUGGCCACGCGCAUCCACUCCAUCCACCUCUCCACCUCCAAGGGCUCCGUGGUUUGAUGUCAUCCUCUCCGAAGCCCUCCGAUCCAGGCACAGCAUCCAUGUAACACCACUUCUAACAUCCAGCCCCAUCCACCCCUCCUGCCCCCACUGCUGAAGAGGGGCUGGAAUCGGGUGUUUUUAUGUCAGGGAUUCCCUUUAAUUCUGCCCGUUGCAGCAUCCCUUCCCCCCCACCCCAACCACCUUCCCUCCCUCUCAAGGGUUAAUGAUGGCAUACUUGACAGAGUCAGAGAGAGAACUUUCUCGCUUUGUCAGAGGCUUAAACUCUGUCGUCCUAAUGGCUCCCACUGAUCACUUCACACCCCUACAGUAACAAAACCUGUCCAAAAAAGACAAAACCAGAACUGACUCAACCCAGCAGUAUAACUUCAACCUAAACGUGAUUAUGAAACCUAGUGUAUUUCAUAUAGGGCACAUGCAUGGAAUACAUUCUGUACACCUUUUUUGCUUAAAAAGGUAGAGUAGAAUUUUAACUGAAUAAAAGCAGCUUUCUCAUCAUCUCUAAUAUAAGACUUUAUGGUUUACAAACAUCACUUAAUGGAAGUGGAUGCCAUCGCAGUUUAAAGUUUGACACAUGCCAAAAUAUAUUCCUACUAUACAACCAAUAAAAGUAGCAAUGCCAGCAGACGGACUUUAGGUGGACUCGUUUGAACUUCUUUACAUUUCAUUCUGUCACUUCUGUGUUGGAUACGUUUCACUGUGUUAUAUCUACUGUGUGCAGAGGCCAAACUGAUCACAGGAACUUCCACCGUGGCCGACACUGCAGCGCUGAUUAAACUAAAGCUGGCCCACUCAGUGAAAUCUAUGCUGACGUAUGCUUGGUACAAGGAUGUCCAACUGGGGAAUUAACUUGUGAGAACUCCACGAACACUGUCGACUUUUUUUGCAUGACACCUCCUCAACUGAGCUAUCCUGAUAUUGCUUUUUAAGCAGAGCUUACUUCAAGGACCACUUUUGAAAGGGGGAAAACGCUGCUUAUUAACUUUCUAGCCACUGCAAAACUGACUGGAUGGGAUUUAGAGAUGGAUUGAGAUUGGCAGGGACUUUCUCUUUAAAUAUAUUUAAAGCAAAGUGUAAAUACGUCCUUAAAGUCAAUGUGCUGGUUGUUCUUUUUUUUGUAAACUGAUGUACAGUAUUCCCCUACACUCGCUUGGCGGAUGACACCAGUCUCAUUGAAUGUGCUCCCUGAACAGUUUGUUCCUGCUUUAUGUGUCUGUUUAUGCAACGUUGCAUGUUUUAUCUGUUUGUUUGAAUCCUCCGUUUCGCUUUAGGUGUGCUUUCUGUGUAGAUCGGUAGGCCUAAGCAGGGUGUUGAUUGUACCAGUUGAAGUCCAGUCAGAGGAUGUUCCCUUCAAUUAUUUUGCUAUUUCUGAUACAUUCCAAAUGAUCAGGGUAGAUCACGAGAUACAUUUUAAAGUCACUUUUUCUCUUUUAGGCUUCACCGCCGUCGAAUUUCUCAAAAACAUCAAUUUUGUGAAAGAAAGGUUGAAUUCCCACACUCUGUCAGCGCUGAGUUUAUUAUGACACAACAAUGUUAGUGACUCAUGAAGUACAUCCCACCCACCUGUUUGUGUGCACAUUUUCAAUUUGUGCAUAAAAACUUCUGAGUGGACAAUAAAAACAGUAGCAUUAUCGGAAAAAGGUUGUCACGGUUGCCUGAGGUGGAACAGUUGGCCGAUUACUAUUUAUUAAAGCAAAACAAAAAUAACAGCCUUAGCAAAUAAGUCAUGAAGAAGAAAGAGACAAAUAAUGGCAGCAGAAAGAUAGAGAGAAGACAUAUUCACAUCAUAUCAAGUAAUCUUGUUGCGUGGUCUUGCAAUGGUUUAAUGGCACCCGGCUGUAAAAGCUUCAGUGCAUAAUUAACAAAGGCUUGUAUCAUGUGGUCGCAGCGGCAGUGUUGUUGUCACUAAUUCCUCAUGGGGGCAACAGAAACUACACACUAUACUUUAACAUUUCAACUCCUAAUAUUCACAUACCAGUAGUUGGUGGAAAUGCACAUUAAUUAGCUUUUUUUGGAAUAUUUCAUUAAAAUUUGUUUAGAAUUUGCUCAAUAGCACAUCUUUAUACUAAAGCCAAAAUAAGGGGGACCAAAUCUCUUGAAACAAAUACCUGAAACAAACAAUGUAUGUCCAAAUAGGGGAGGCUGAAUUGACCAUUACCAAUCCAAGUUUAAUAACCUGGAUUCAUUUGUAUUCCACCUAUUUUGACAGAUAUUGUUCGUCACAUUCUGGUUUUUAAAUCACUUAUAAAUAUGGGAAUGGUUCCAGGCGUUGAGAUUUUGCUCCCCUUCUUUUUACUGGUUGUUCUGGCUUUACUACAAAGAUGUGUUGUUUCACAAACUCCGUAACUAAAAUGUUGUGUCUAAAGAAACUGAGUGCAGAAAUCUUGUGGAAAUGUAAGCUUUUGUUCCACAUGAUUUCAUUUUUCGUGCAAUAAAUAAUACUUCAAUCAAAUCUAAAAGGACCAAACAUCGAACCCGUCAUUCAGCCUCUGGGGUAUCAGCCCUGUUGUUUGGCUGGACCACGAGCCCUGUCACUCGGACACAAUACAUCUCAAUUUAGGAGAAAAUCAUAGACCCUACAGCACAUUUUAUGAAUGUAACAAAAUAUUUAACAAAUGUGCAAUAUUUGCAGUCCAGCAACAAACCAAAAAAAAAUUAUGCUUCCCUCUGUUCCAACAAUGCAAAUGUCUCUAAAGUGUCCUCAUACUU